AUGCGCCUGUACAAAGAAACCUUCUCAAACCAAAAGGAGAUGGGUGCCGUGUUUGGCGGAUACAGCUCCACGCCCUGCGCCGUGGCGCUGUUCCCCAAGGAACUGUACAGGCCGCCGCGCAGCUGGGCCGCCUCGGCCUACAACAUAGUGCAGUGGACCGAGAUGCCUAAGGGCGGCCACUUUGCGGCGCUGGAGCAGCCCGAGCUGCUGGUCGCUGACGUCCUCAAAUUCGCUGACCUGGCGCAGACCAAGGGCUGGAUCUGA